AUGGGCUUCUCAGUAUGGUCUGCCAUGACGGCAGUCCUGGGGCUGUCGGCAGCAGUGGUAUCGGCCGGAGCUACCCCCAGCAGGCACACGGCGAGGGCCGACGCGGCCUGCAACAACUCUCCGGAGCUGUGCUCGAGGGCGUACAACAAGAUCACACACAUGGGCGCCCACGACAGCCCGUUCCUCCGCGACGCGUCGACGGGCAACUCGAUCGCGGGCAACCAGUUCUUCAACGCGACCGUGGCCCUCUCGGCCGGCCUGAGGCUGCUGCAGGGCCAGGUCCACAACGUCAACGGCACCCUGCGGCUCUGCCACUCGGACUGCUCGCUGCUCGACGCCGGCCCGCUGGAGGACUGGCUCGCCAAGGUCAAGGCCUGGAUGGACGACCACCCAAACGACGUCGUCACCGUGCUGCUGGUCAACUCGGCCAAGAUGGACGUCGCAAAGUUCGGUGCCGCCUUUGAGGCCUCGGGCAUAGCAAAGUACGGCUACAAGCCCGCGUCCACCACGGCCCCGACGGGCGACUGGCCGACCCUCCAGGCCAUGAUCGACGCCGGCACGCGCCUCGUGUCCUUCAUCGCUUCCAUCGACGCGAGCCCCGCCUACCCUUACCUGCUCUCCGAGUUCUCGUACGUCUUCGAGACCGAGUUCAUGGUCACGACCCCGACCGGCUUCAACUGCAGCCGGGGCCGGCCCGCGGCCGCCGGCACCGCCGCCAACGCCAUCGCCAAGAACUUCAUCCCGCUCAUGAACCACUUCAAGUACGACAGCCUCACCAGCAGCAUCCAGGUCCCCGCCGUCGGCGACAUCAACUCGACCAACUCGCCCGACGCCGCCCAGCCGGGCUCCUUGCGCCUGCACGCCGACACGUGCAAGAGGGAGUGGGGCGUCGUCCCCGUCCUGGUCCUCGUCGACUUUUGGGACAAGGGGCCCUCCAUCCAGGUCGCCGACGCCAUGAACGCCAUCACCCCGACGGGGAGGACCCUGCCGUCGACCGCCGAUGGAGCUGGAACUGGCAACAAGGGCAGCACUACUACCGGGUCCUCCACCGGCCGGAGCGACGGGAGCAGCACCAAGGAGCCCAGGCUGGGCUUGGGCACCGGCGCCCUAGUGGCUUUCAUGGCGGCUGCCGUACUCAUGUUUUGA